UACAAGCUGUUGACAGUCAGACUGCAGCAGCUGUGCAGUCACUGCUGGACUCACAGGUGGUCACAGAAACACAAGAAGAAGAAGAGGAGGAUAUAUUCCAAUGUGGGAAGUGCAAGAAACAGUUCAGGUCAUUGUCUAGUUUUGUAGCCCACAAGCAAACGCAAUGUGUCAUUCAGCAGCAGCAGCUACAACAGCAGCAUCAGCAACAACAUCAGCUGCAACAGCAGCAGCAGUCAUUAACACUACAGCAGUCUCAUCCUUCACGACUAACCCUCAGCAAUGGACAAAAUGCAUUUGCUUCAACCAUCAGUCACAUAACUGGGGCAUCCACUAUCAGCUCUCUGACUGGGACAUCAGCGAUAAAUCCUUUGGGUGGAGUUUCAAAUAUCAGUCACCUCACUGGAACCAUGUCCCAGAAUGCAGUAACCACUAUGAAUCCAACAGCACCAAUUUUACAAGCUCAUCCUUGCCUAACUAGAACUUUGAAUCAGCCUAGUCGCGUGCCAACGUUAACCCUAGGACCAGUGCCAUCCUCUCCCAUAUCUCAGCUGUCACAGAACAUGGUGUUUACAGAUGAACUGAUGACUCUCUCAGGCCUAGACACUGCCACACUAGGGGCUCCCACUAUUCAAAUGAUGACCGGCUCUAUACACGGGCAGACAGGAAACAACACCAGUAACCUGACCAUAUUCAGCCCCAUGGCUGGCCUGAACACCACCAACAACAACAACGGACUGACAUCAACCACCACCUCCGGCACCGGUCAGCUCCUGGUACAGCCUGGCCAGCACAUUACCUUGACCUCCAUUACAGACAAAUCCAUUCAGCAGCAUUUGUCCCAGUCUCUGCCUCCUCCACCACCGGUUACAGUUACGGUAUCACAACCGGCGCAGCAGGCUGUCCAGUCUCAGAUGUUCAAGCCAAGUCCUACAAAGGCUGGUCGCAGGUCAGCUCAGAAUAAAUUGAUUACAGUUGUCAACGCAGACAACAGUGUCAGUUUGUUGAGUGCCAGGUCAGGAAAAACAGCAAAACAUGCCAAGAACAACACAGAGGUGUCACAAGAAGAAUUGAAUGCCAAAAUAAAGUUACAGUGUGAGUACUGCAAUAAGGAGUUCACCAAGAACUUUGACCUUCAGCAACAUGUCCGAGCCCACACGGGGGAGAAGCCCUUCCAGUGUAUCGUCUGUGGUCGAGCUUUUGCCCAGAAGUCUAAUGUGAAGAAACACAUGGCUACGCAUAAGGUGUGGCCUUGUGGGACCUCCAACACAUUACCCAGACAGCCGGAUCCUGUCGUUUUGGACAAAGGGCAGUCUCAGACCGUCACUGCGGAAGUACCCUCAUCUGUAUCAGCAGCAGCGGUGAUGACCUCAGCAGCGGUAAUGACCUCCAUGGCUGUAGUGACCUCAGCAGCUGUGAUGACCUCCGCAGCUAUGAUGACAUCCACAGCUGUGAUGACCUCAGCGCCCGUGGUUUUGUCCAGCUCUGCUAACUGUGCUGUCAGUGCCAACGACCAGAUAGCAUUGAAAUCUAUGGCCCAUAAGCUGAGUGCUCUGAAGUCGUGCAGCCAAUCAGAGAGUGAUGAGAAGGUGCCAAAGAUGAAAGUUGUUGUUGACAACUCAUACAUAUGCCAGUACUGCCCGACCAAGUUUAAAACUUACUACCAGUUGAAGAGCCAUCUUGUCACACACAAAUGUGAACAGGUGUACAAGUGUGUGAUGAAAAGCUGCGGGCAGGCGUUCCACGACCUGGAUGCUUUCUUGGAACACGUGAAGACGCACGAGGAAGAGAUGAACUACCGCUGCCACCAGUGCCAUAAAUACUUCAGGAACCUCUACGAGCUGGGAGUCCACCAGUACUCACACAUCUACAUGAAUCAAGGCCUCAAGUCUGGGCCCAGACACUUCCAGUGCACCAAGUGUGGCAACAAGUACACAACCCCGGAGGCCCUGGAGCACCAUGUAUCCACAACCAGCCAUGACUACAAGUGUCCGCACUGUCAGAAACAGUUUACAUGUGAAAGGUUUCUCCGCAGACACUUGCCCAUCCACGGCUCUGAAGGCCAGUUUGAGUGUCCCCAGUGCAAGAAACGCUUCAAGACUGAGCACUACCUCAAGUCGCAUGUGCUGAUACACACAGGAGAAACCCCCUUUGCUUGUGAGAUCUGCCAGGCGGCCUUCAAUCGCAAGGACAAGCUGAAGCGACACAUGACCAUUCACGACUCGGUGAAGAAAUACAGAUGUCCCUUCAGGACUAUUGCAGGUUGUACCAAAGAGUUCAACAGACCAGACAAACUCAAGGCCCACAUCAUCACACACAGUGGGAUCAAGCCUUACAAGUGUUCCAUCUGCAACAAAGGUUUCUCCCGGAGACCUCACCUGUUGGAGCAUGAGAGAGGACAUAACCUCGACUACAGGUUCCGAUGUGAUAAGUGUGGCAAAGGUUUCUUCAGACCCAAACUCUUCCACGAACACAAGUGUCAGCUGUCCAGGUCCGGGGCCGAUCAACAGUUCAGGCCACGCAAUCGGCGCAAGAUUGGCAGGCCUAAGAAAAGAAUGAUCAGCAUUGUACCAGAUUCUGUUUCUAAGAGUCGCGGCAAACAAUAUCCUUCACGAACCAGAACUACGGGCAAGAUUUUACAGUUUCCUGCGCAGCUGGCGGCACAUCUUUCUGUUAAACAGGAAGUACAGCAGCAGAACACAGCAGACGUCAAGAACAAUGUGUCUAGUGCUGAUGAUGAUGAUGACAACCGAGACUGCACGAUGUACCAGGAACCAGCUACUAUCUCCGUGGAGGUCGUCAAAGCUUUACCAGUGAUUUCUUCAGGCAAAACUUCAGGCAUCAUUGACAUAGACAGCACUGGAGCCAUGCAUGUUCAUAUUUCUGGAUUAGAAGAAGGGAAAGAUGAUAGCAUUGGUAAUUCCUUGGGGACCCAUGUCCAACAUAUCAGUUUGGGUUCAGGAGGCGAGUUGGUCGAUCAUUAUGUUGUUCAUUUGACAGAGUCUGUUGAUGGCAGCAGUCCUACGAUUCAGACAGCCUUUAUUCCUGCAGUGGCCGGGGCUCAGAUUUUUGCCAGCAAUCCUCAAGAAAUGGGAAUUCAGCCCAUCGCUAUAAUAGAAGCUCGACCAUUCAAUUGUGCGGGGAAACAGAUACUGGCUACCUCCGCAGCCAAUGCCAUCUUGACGUCUCAUCAGGGCCUUGUACGAAAUGAAGGCUCUGGUCAAGGGAACAUUACUAUAUCCGGUGAUUACAUCACUGUAACCGAAAGUGGCAACAUCCAGUUUGUGAAAGCUGAAUGUAGGACUGAUGUUAGGGGAUGUGACAGCAGAACUCUAAUGACUUCACAAGGGAGUCCAGUUAUGAUGAGUGGAGCUGGUGGUAUGGUGGAUGUUUCAGUGGCUCACAGAACCGGGCUGGCGGAUGUAGAGUGUAAAGAAGAGCCUCUGAUGGUCAUGGGAAGCAACAGCCUGAUGGUGUCGGCCAGUGAGAUGGGUGCUGGCUCGGCAGACAUGGGUGGGGAUAUGUUGGAUGGAGCCAUGUCUCUGUUUUCCCCACCAGUCAGGGCAGACAGUUAUAAUGUAGGGGGCCAGACGUACAUUGCUUGUUCGACUCAUCUUGUGGAUUAUGCUCACACGGGAGUCCUGCAGGGUCCCAGUUGA